GAGGUGUGCGCUGGCAGCCAGCCCGAGUCCAGCCCGCUCCCCGCUGAUUGCCAGAAAGCUAACGAGCAAAUGCUUCCGCUUUCACGCUGUUCCCUCCCCUCUGGCUGGACCUGCAACCUGUCCCGAGGCUGUGUUAGGGCCAAAACUGGAGCUUCUGGGGCAGCAGAUUAGGUAAAAAGAGCGACUCAGCGAAGUAAAACCGAGUGAAGGAGGGCCGGAGGGGCCAUCCAGCGUGCGGGGCAGGAGCUGAGCAGAAAGUAUCGGGUUUUGUGGUGUCGACGAGCCACUGCCUGCCUUCUUUCCACCGUGGGUCUCGGGGAGAUGAGCAUUUCGUCGGAGCACAAGCCCCUCGGGAAGCAGGUCACCGGCAGCCUGCACACGGUGAGUAAGCUAUCACCCAUCGUGGAGCUGAACGUCGGGGGGGAGCUGUACACGACGACGCUGAGCACCCUAAAGAAACACCCUGGCUCCAAGCUGGCAGAGAUGUUCACCGGCCAGCCCAAACUCAGGCGAGACUCAGAAGGAAGGUUCUUCAUCGACAGGCCGGGCACCUAUUUCAAAUACAUCUUGGAGUACCUGCGCAGCAACCAAGUGCCCACCCAGUGCGUCCAGGACGUCUACAAGGAGGCCUUGUUCUACGACAUCGAGCCCCUGAUCAAGCAGCUGGAGGACUCCCCGCAGAUUUUCGGGGAGCUCGUGGCGAGGAAGCAGUUCCUGGCCCGCGUGCCCAACUACAGUGAGAACAUCGAACUGAUGAUCCGCAUCGCCAGGGCGGAGGCGGUGGCGUCCCGCUGCUCUGGUGUCAUCGUCUGCGUUGUCCGAACGGAGGAGGACGCGGCCAGGUGCCAGGAUGCCUUGAACAGUUUGGACAUGGACAAAAAAUCCGUGGUGAAGUUCGGCCCCUGGAAAGCAGCGCCGAGCAUCUCUGAUCUGCUGGACUGCAUUCAGAUGGAUGUUGAAGCCAAAGGGUACAAGAUAUCCUUCCAGCCCCACGUUGCCGAGAAAGGUUUUCGCUUCAAAUCGCACGACUUCUUCUACAAAUUCCUGUUCACCUGGUGGUAGAAAAGUGCCACCGCUGAUGGAGGGCAGAAGAAAGCAAUUAUUUAAACAACUUUACUUCGGCUGUGGAGGCUGUGGGCCCACGAAAGACUCUCUGGUUGUUUGCCAAAUUAAAGAGCAUGUUUUGUUGGGCUUUUGGGGAUAACUAUACAAAAAGUGUGUGUCUUGAAAUGCAGUAUGAUGUUUUCCAAAAUCUGUAUUCCUUUUGUGUCCACUAGUACUGACUAUAUUGAGAAGUAAAGGCACUGCAGAGCCAGAGGUACCAGGAAAAGGAGGAAAUUUAAUCUCUGUUGCCAACAAUUAGAUGAAUUGAGGGAGCCAGAUUUGAGGGUUGAGCCAAUCUUACUCAACCUAAGGGAAAUAAAUAAUCCCAAAUACCUCCUGUGGACAUGCGUCAUUAGUCUCAGUACAAACAGGAACACUCUGCUGCCUUAGGGUCCAAGCUUGUUACUAGGGUUAAGAGCAGCACAUGGACUUGUCCGCCGCACUCAGCUUUAUUUUGACUCAUAAACACCAAGAUCUAGAGUCUCUUCACACUAACGUGCUGACCUCAGAGCCUUCUCCUUGCUUUGAACACCCAUAAAUUAAAGUCUGUUGUACCAGAAGCUGCGCAGAGCGUAGCAGCUGCAGUUUUAUUAUCAAUAAACACAGACAGUAUUGACUAUAAAGGACACAGACCAACCUCUAAAUACUAGCAAACACUUGCAGUGUUGAAAAAAAAAAUCAAUUUUGUAAAGCAAGAGAUCAAAUCUGGAAGUAGUUUUGAGAUUAAAGGCAGGAGUACAUAAAGUCUUUCCUCUGAUUAAUACUUCACUGUUUCUCAUGAAUAAUAAUCAUAAUUAUAAUCAGACAUAAUCUGAACUGUGGAAAAAAAAAAAAAAAAAAAAAAAAGGAAACUCCAAGUGGAAUCACUGAAAGCUGCGUAAAUACUUACUCAACUUGAAUUUGGAUCUUUAAUGAGAAAGCAAAAGCUCUGGCUGUCAUGGUUUUCAUACCAGAACCUAUGUUAAAAAGAAUUUCAGUGUCCCAGUCUCUCCUCUUGUUCCUUUCUAGCCUGCUCUCCAGCCAAUGUAUUUAUUACUGCUAUUUAUUAUUUAUUUGGAAGGAAAGAUAGCUUUCCUUUCAGCUAUGGUCUAGGAUCAACAAAAAAUAAAAAUGCCAUCACUGAUAUGAGGACACACACUCCUCUCUCCUGUCACACUACUUCAAUCUUUUUAUUGGGGCAUUCAUUAUUAUUACAGCACCAUUUUUAAUUUUAUAAGCUUCUGGAAGAAUAGGGAACCCCCCUGUGAUUUGACUGGAAGGAAGUGCCACUGAAGCUAAGGCCUGGGUCUUUAAUGGUUAUUCUGCUUUACAGCAUAUGUCUUGGGUCCUAAAUCAGGUAUAAAAAACAUGUCAAUAUUC